AUGAGGGGUCUGGAAGUUGCGGUGCUCUUCACUGACACGGACUGCCAGUCUGACAUGCUGCACUUAGUGAGUUUUCUGAAGGGACAUUUGGCCAAAGGCUCUGACAACGAAUCCAAAGUACAUUUAUGUUUGCGCAGGCUGCCUGUAGUGCACUGCAACCGUUCAGUACAGCUCCUCCUAACCCUGCACUACCUCGAAAACACUUUCUCCAGCCAGCCCUCCUUCAGCCUGCUGGUCAUCGACAGCAUCUCUUCCAUCUACCGGGUGGACAGAUUCAGUGGUGGCGAAUGCACUGUUUGUCAGGAGGCUAACCUGAUCAAGUGUUCUGAGUUGCUGGAUAGAUUGCGCAGAAACUACCACAUUGUGAUCUUCGCCAACACUCCUGCCAUAAUGAGGAACUAUGGAUCUGAUCCAGGGGUGUCAGAAGUGCCCGGCUCAUCAUCAUUAUCAUCUGAAAGGUGGAGGUCAGCUGAUAGUGCUACAAGCUUUGACAAGCUCUACCUGUUCAAAGCAUGGCAGAGAAUAGUAACUCUCAGGAUGCUGUUCACUAAAAGUCAUGUGUCAAAGGACUAG